AUGCAACACUCCAAGAGUAGCCCAAGAGUGGUUCGAACUAUUUCAGAGUAUCGACAGUUGCGCCAAGAAUGGUUCAAGCAAGGAGCUCUUGUUGGAUUUGUUCCAACUAUGGGUGCACUGCACAGUGGACAUGCAUCACUAGCCAAAGAAGCUCGCAUUGUUUGUGAUCAAGUGGUUGCCAGUGUUUUUGUAAACCCAGCUCAGUUUGCUCCUACUGAGGAUCUAGACAAGUAUCCUCGUACUGAAAAAGAUGACAUUGCUUUGCUUGCUGCCGAGGGUGUUGAUGUGGUAUUUGCUCCAUCCGUCACCGAAAUGUAUCCUGCUGGUAUUUCACUCAAUGUAAAAGAACAGGUUGGCACGUUUGUUCAUGUCAUGGGCAAAUCUCAUCAAAUGGAAGGAUCAAUCCGCCCACACUUUUUCCGUGGUGUGGCUACAGUGGUCUCCAAGCUAUUCAACAUUAUCCAGCCCACACAUGCAUUUUUCGGACAAAAGGACAUUCAACAGUGUUCGGUCGUCCGCACUAUGGUCCGCGAUCUGAUGUUUCCAACUGAAAUAGUGGUGGUUCCCACAGUGCGUGAACAUGAUGGCCUUGCCAAGAGUUCUCGUAAUCGCUAUCUUUCUCAAAAUGAGCGUGCUAUUGCACCUGUUCUGUACCAAGCUCUUUUUGCUGCAUCAAAAGAGUAUGAAUUGGGAGAGCGUAAUCGCAAUAAGCUUCUAGCUGCUGCCGAAUCUGUGAUAGCGCAAACUCCUGCUGUCAAACUGGAAUAUAUUAGUCUCGUUGAACCCAUAGGUUUGGAAGAAGUGGACACUGUAGAACAAGGAGCAAUUCUUUCUGGAGCAAUCCGUGUUGGAAAUACUCGCAUCAUUGACAACAUCUUGCUGGGAAUGUCCUUGUAUAACAUCUGA